AACUAAGCAGCAAAUCCCAGCAUGCCUUCUUCUAUCAGGGCUGCCAGGCUGGGACUUGUAGUUUCACAACUACUGCGGACCAUAUCCUUUGCCAUCCACAGACUGCACCCACUGCACUGGCAGACGUGUCCCCUACACCCUUCUAAAUCACUAGUCACUAUUGUGGUGGCUGUAGCCGCUGUACCCACAGCUCCCCACCCAAGAUGGCUGCGUCCGCCUGACGGACGCCAUGGCAUGGUGGGCAUCGUACACUUCCGGGGUUGAGUGCUUACGAGAGGGGCAGCCAUGGAGAAAGGAGGCAACUUCCAGCUGGAGAUUCCAGAGUACAGCAACUCUGUGCUGAGCCACCUCAACCAGCUGCGGAUGCAAGGCCGUCUGUGUGAUAUCGUGGUCAAUGUUCAGGGACAGUCGUUUCGGGCUCACAAAGUGGUGCUGGCUGCCAGCUCGCCCUAUUUUCGAGACCACAUGUCCCUAAACGAGAUGAGUGCGGUAUCUUUGUCAGUCAUAAAAAAUCCUGGGGUGUUCGAACAACUUCUGUCUUUCUGCUAUACAGGACGUAUCUGCCUGCAACUCGCAGACAUCAUAAGUUAUCUGACCGCUGCCAGCUUUUUACAGAUGCAGCACAUUAUUGACAAGUGCACGCAGAUUCUCGAGGGCAUCCAUUUAAAGAUCAGUUCACCGGAAUCAGAGGAAGAACUAAGUCAGAGUAGACCUAAACACCAAGAGAGGGUACAGGAUACCCACCGUGUCACCCAGAGUUUGACUCGUUCCUUGAGUCCACGACACAGCACUCCAAGGACCUCAGGGAAUCGCAGGGGUCAGGUAAGCACUGUACUAGACAUUAGAGAGCUGAGUCCUGCCGAAGAGUCCACCAGUCCUCAGAUGGUGGAGCAGGGGUCUGAUGUGGAGGGCAGGGAGCCCAUUCUUCGAAUCAACCGAGCAGGACAGUGGUAUGUGGAAACAGGAUCAGCAGACCGAGGGGAACGCAGUGAUGAUGAUGUCAGGGUGAUGGGGGGCCUUCGUAUCAAGACGGAGAACUUGGAUGAAUGGCUAGGGCCAGAGAACCAGCCCUCUGGAGAAGAUGGAAGCAGUGCAGAGGAAGUGACUGCCAUGGUGAUUGAUACAACAGGGCCAAGUGUUGCAGGACAGGAGAGCUAUAACUUGGGGUCUUCUGGCUCUAAAGUGUCCAGGCCAACAAGCAGUGAGAUAGACAGAUUUAGCCCAUCUGGCAGCGUGGGCACCAUGCCAGAGAGACACAGAGCGAAGAGCGAGUCCCCGCGGCGGCUGGAGGAUCCAAAGCAGCACGGCUCCCAGGGAGAUGAAGCGGGAACUAUUGGAGUGAGCGGUUACGUAGAAUACCUCCGCGAGCAAGAGGUGUCUGAGCGAUGGUUCCGCUAUAAUCCACGAUUGACCUGUAUUUACUGCGCCAAAUCUUUUAACCAGAAGGGCAGCCUGGAUCGGCACAUGCGGCUCCACAUGGGCAUCACUCCUUUUGUAUGUCGGAUGUGCGGUAAGAAAUACACCCGCAAGGAUCAGCUGGAGUACCAUAUUCGGAAGCACACAGGCAACAAGCCCUUCCACUGCCACGUGUGUGGGAAAAGCUUCCCCUUCCAGGCCAUCCUCAAUCAGCACUUUCGGAAGAAUCACCCUGGCUGUAUUCCUCUGGAAGGGCCUCACAGUAUUUCCCCUGAGACCACCACUGUUGUCACCUCCCGGGGUCCAGCAGGUGAAGAAUCUCCACCUCACGAGGAAGCUGGUGGAGUGACUCCUUCAGCAACGGCUGAGGUGACAUAUGGCGGGGAGUCUGCUCACGGCUCCGUGUCCACGACCGGACCGGACUGAGACACAAAAGAAUAUAUAUUACAGGAGGACACAGAGACUAGUUUCCUCCCCCCCCCUUACCUCAGCAAAACUUCAACAUUGUAUCCUUCCCUCCUGCUCCUCUCUCUUUCCCAGUUGAAGUCUCCUGAGAUUGGCUCCUGGGGCGUUUGUAGAAUGCAGAAUUUGGGAAGUUUGCGAAUUUCAUUGCCAAAAUCAGAAAGAGAAAAUUGUAUUCGCUUCCUCUGGGCUCCUUUUCUUCUAGACUUCAAAGAACUGUAAUUACCAUUCUAUGUCAAAGCAUCGACCGCUGUACGAAGGAAAAGAGCUAAUGGUUUUUUAAGUGAAUUUUCCCUUUUUCCAGUACAGUUAGUGACUAACGGAGAUUUUGGUGUACAUGUUGAAACUGAAUGUUUUGCAGUUACAUUGUAAGGUAUCUCUGGAGGUGUGUUGCACCUUUUGUUUAUUAAGCUUUCUUCUGAACUUUGCUUGGCAGGUGGCGUUUUUUGGUCCUGGCCUGCAUAGAAGUUUGAUGGUGCUGACUUAGGCAUGUUAGUAAGGUGCUUAAGACGCUUCUAUAGCAGAGUCAAAGACUCUUCCAUAUUAAAUAGUUUUAAAUCAAGCUCUAAAAUCUGGUCUUAGGUGGUGGAACGGCAAUAAUUUUACCCUUUGGAGAUCAUUUGCCCCUAACUCGUUGUACUUAGAAUGUUUAGGGGAUAUCUUUGGGCAGGGCUGAAUUUAUUUUUUAGGAGCCUAACUAUUGGUCCAUCAAGCCCCGCCCCAUGUACUAGCCACACCUCUUUCAUGUGAUCAUUCUGUAGCCUUGCCAGUGGUAUUUGAGAUGAAAAAAGUUUAAAUCUCUGUAAUUUGCAUUGCUUGGAUAAUCAUCCAAACACCCUGUUAAACCAACAUUUUCCCCACACUUGCUGAAAUAAAGGUUUGACAUGGAGGCUAAGCAGGUAGAGCUGGCUUUUAGCCUCUACUAGGCACACAACUGCAGUGUCCGUGGCUGAAUCCGUCUUUGGCUCGGGAGCUUUAAAAGUUACUUAUAAGAAACUUGAUCCCCAGUCAUUUUGCAAGCCGCCUGCUUCCAAACUCUCUCUAGGAGUUCUGCUUGCUAUAAAUUAGGAUGCACUAAGCUAAUUUCUUUAACACAAAGUGGAGGCUUUCCCAAAACUAUCUCCAAACAGCUCUAAUUUUUUUUAUUGUUAUUUAUAAGUGACCUAGCGAUAAUUAUCUCUCUUGCGCUUCAUUUUUACCUUCAUUUCUUCACAUUUGUGAACAAGGGAGAUCCGCAGAACACAGCCACAUUUCAGUGUACAUUAUCAGUGUCUUUCUUAUAUGCCAUAGACUCACGCAGAACUUGGAUAUGCGAGUCUCCCGGCAUGUAAGAGUUUUAUAACAGUAUUUCACGUAUUUAUUUGUAUUUUGUUACCAGCUACACAACUUUUUCAUAUUUGAAUGAGCAACAUUUUAUUUUAUACUGUUUUAAGUUGAGGUUUUUUUUGUUUUGUUUUUCUGAAAUAAUGAAAAUGCGAAGGGGGUUCCUGUUAUUAAGGAUUUUGUAGUAUACAGAAACCUACAGGGCCUCAUUUACUGUUGAACUUACGAAUAUUUCCAUACUGUGUAAAAUGCACAUGUGCACCAACGGCACAUCCGUAUAUAGAGUUUUGCGUAUUGCGCACUUGCACCCCCUUAUGUCUGGAUAGGCGGGCCAGGGUGAAUGGACUACAGUAAUGGCAUGUUCAUAUAAGAGCGACAUAACUAGACAGGACGCCUCACCAGAUACUGUUAGGAGGCGUAUCUUUUGCAGGUACCGGAGGGCUGGUGCACAGGAGCGUUCAUCAUGAUGAUCCACGGCACUGCCGCUUCUGAUUGGCUGCUUGUGUGUUGGCCUCCCCGCUGAUAGUGCUUAAUUCAUUAGCGUUGCGGCUAUUUUAUAUCAAGUUACAUUUCAUCAAAGAAGAAUGCCAAUGAAUUUUUUUUAAUAGGUAAACAACGGAGGUAGAUCUUUUUGUAUUUUUUACGGGGGGAAAAUACAGCUUUUUAAUUUUUUAGUAACGGUCAAUGCAUUAUUCUCUCUUGUGACUCAUAACAUUGUAUUGUGUACAAAUAGGGUAAUGUGGCUUUAACAUUUACUGUUAAUACUGUCAAGCUGUAUCUCUGUUAGGCGUCGGUAUACACACUCGUACGCCUAGCGUAAAUACUACUGUUUCUGAGUUGUGCGAAUCGUGAGAGGUGCCAGACCCUUGCCUACACCUGCGUCUUAUGCUGCCUCCAUCUCCAGAUGAGGCCCACAACGUCUGUACUGUGACAGAUCUUAGCCAUCCGAAUUGGUUUGGCAUUCCCUGACCCGGUGUUUCCAAACAACGGCUUCCUUUAGCUAUAUCAGAUUAGUGCACACGUAUCACUUUGUUUUAUUUUUAAUACAUUGAGUAAAUUUGUGUAUAUAGACUUUCCCCAUUUACUUUGAUUGUAUUCAGUAUUUUUGCUUUUAAUUACGCAGUUGGUGACCACUUUUUUUUUUUUCUUUGUGCCUGACUGUUGCUGCCGUCUCAUAAUAACUGGUGCAGCUCAUUAGGUGGCUGUGUCAGCUGUAUGUAGAUGGUUAGGGGCACUAUGAGGUGUGUGAGUACAUAGGAAGCAACAUGUCCUUGGCUGUAGGUUUCCUUGACUUUCCUUUUUAUGGUCAGAGGUGAAUUGCUUUAUCUGUCUCUUCUUGUUAUUUCUGUUGUUUGAAGCUAUAGCAAAACGAAAGUGCAGAUAGUGUUGCUUUACCUUCCUUGACGUAUAUGUGUGGAUUGGAAGUAUGCAUAAAAGACCCUAGACAGUAAAACUCAGGGUUAUUAACUCCACUUACCACGUACCUCUCAGUCCUAGAUGCAUAGAACCCAUAUGCUGCAUUGCAUAUGUAAGAUAUAAGCUCUCUUGGUAGAAUACGAUUAAUGGUCUUUCCUCUAGGGAACACUUUACAUUGCAUAUCUUCACAUUGCGGAUUGUGGGGAAGUGAGUGUUUAGCUGUAGGGGUUAUUAAAUGGACUGCACUGGACAACCGUGACGGCUCCAUGUUACAGAUGGAGCCUCGCUCAUCUAGGAUUCUCUGCUGCACCUAGGUGCACCAAGGCUGAUUAGCAUAAGAAUUUCAUCUAUUGUUAUCAACUGCAAUACAAUACAGAGAGAACAAUGCUGCAGGGGAUUAAGUCCGACAGCACUGGCUCAAUUAAUCCUAUUACAGGGAUAGAUGAAGAUGGCUCCAUCUGUAUGGGAUCUGAAUAGUCCCAAUAUUAUAAUCGAAGUAUCAGGGAGCGUACGGUACUUUACUCUUGUCCAAUGGGAAGUUACAAUCGUUUUUUUGUUUCUAAGUAUAUUUUAACAAUUAUGUUCUUUAAUGAUGUGGAAAGAAACCUUUUGUAAAGAUUUGUAAUCUAGCACUUUAACUACAAACUGGCCUUAUUCCUUAAGGCAAUAAAGCGCCUCAGAAGACCACAUGUAGAUUCUCAGAUACAGGUGCUAGUAGACUGCAGUAAUGUAAAGUGAUCAUUGCAAUAAUAUGGACGUCUGCUAUCAGCUGUACAAGUCCUAUUACAUCAUAAUUCCAACAAAGAAUAGAUUCCUGAUUGACAGUCUGAAUUGUAUAAGGAAAAUCGUUGCAUAUUUAGCAGAUUGAUACAAAAAACAAUUCCAGCACAAGAUGAAACUCCUUGUGGAACAGUACAUUUAGCCUAGCUCUAGUUUUCUUCAGUUUGGGGUGGCUUAAGAAAUCUCCAGCUCCUGAAGUUUGUGCUUUGUUUUCUCCAUUGCAUUGCAGAACAGUUCAGACCCUACAGGGUAUGGCUGGCCGGGAGACUUGUUAGCAUUAGAUUGUAACCGGCUAAAGAUGGCAACCAAUUCUUGGAUUCUAUACAUGGAAGCCCUCUGCAGCUGUGUACAUCCUGCUGCCAAGUCCCACAGCCGAUCGUGACACUGUGGUGCAGCCAGUGGUUUCAACCCCUGUAAGGGAUCAUAUAUGUUGGCAUUUUAUCAGUCAAUGCGGCUACUAUAGGGUUAAUUUGUUCAAUAUUACAACACAUGUGGACAAAACAAAUAUCCCAGGAAGAUGAAGAUCUGAUUGGAAGCGUUUAGCUGUCCAUUAAUCCUGUCCGGGCAGUGCUUGUGCUCUGUGGGCCUUGGAUCUUUUUUUAUGUGGACACAUUUGGCCAAUUUGGGCCUCUGAUCUCUGCACUUGGUUCAAGCAGCUGCCUCUGCUCGUGUAAGGGCAUCGCUAGAUUACAUAGGGCUCUUGAUUGCAUUGUGGCUUGCUGUUAAUUGCUUUUCCCAUAACUUAUCUAUGCUGACUAACAAAGGGAAACUGUUACACACUCCAUCCAUAUUAACUUUAUUUUAUUUAUUCUGUAGUUUUCAGACACAUCAGUCCCCUACUGUUUAUAAUAAUGUCUUUGUAUUGUGCAAGUGUCAAGUACAUGUUCAAUGCAACAUACAGGUACACUCCAGCUAAAGGCCAAAUCCUGUAUCUUCAGACUCUUCUCUUAGGUAUUGUGCUGCGCCGGUUAUUUAGUGUUUUGGGGAAAAAACAAAAACAUAAUUCAUUUUUUAUUUCUCCCACCAUUGAUGAGUCUAUUCUUUUACAUAACGUCUUUACAUUGCUGUCGAUUCAAUUCUCUGCUCCCGGUGCUAUUCAAUACAGCGCCAAGUGACACUCAAUUGUCUGGAAUUCUUCUCUCAACUCUGGGGGAUGCGAGAGGAAAUCUGACAAAAGUGCUGCCGCGAGGCUGAUUCUGUCGGGAAUCAGCAUCGCGGCGGGGAGUUAAGUCUGAGAAUGCCCGUUCUCGCGACAAAUCAACCUGUUAUGUCCGGGAGAAUGGGCAUUCGCCGACUUAACUUGAGCUGAAUUGAAUAGCGACUGGAGCUAAUUCCCAGCACUAUUCAACUGUCGGAGAAUUGAAUCGACCCAAUUGUGAUGCUAGUUCCGAGGGCUCCUGACACCUACCAGCAAACCUCAGGUUGUGUGUUUGCGACUCCAGACUGCACUAUAAUGAAUUUGUGCGCAAAACCACCAUUUGAUUAACUUCCUUUUGUCCUUGAAGAUGAGAUUUUUGACCCUGAAUUGAACACAUCAGCUGUAGAAUCCAAUGAUCACAAUUUCUAUUUAAUAUUACUAAUUUAUUUUUAGGAGUAAUUCGUCAUUAAUUUUUUUUCAUAUGGCAUAGGAGGGACCUUACAAAUUGCCUGGUUGAAAUAUGAGUGAUUCAAAAGAACCUCCAUUAAAGGCAAUGUGCUUAUAUAAAAUGUAGGGGAGGCAUUUAUUAUCUGCACACCAAACUUCCUGCCUCUAAUACGGUCUUUAUUUUAAGAAGACUCCUGGCUCAAUCAUGUGUAUGUCCUGGGUAAAAAUACAUGAAAACUAAAGUGCACUUUAGGGAUGGCUUUUUAAGACAUUUUUACUGUUUUACUUUUCUUGUGCUGAUAGUGCUCAGUAAUGUAUUAAACAUAUUAGAUUGGAAUGGCGGGUACAUGCCCAUAUAAGACCAGUCAUACUGUUUUUAAUUCAUGUUGGCAUAUGAAAAGGGGCAUUUACCAGGUAGCUCUGAACGAGCCCCCACUUUCCAAAUUAUGUUGAAUAUUUACCCCACUGAUUUAACUUUGCAAUAAGGCUUGCAGGGGUAUGCAGUCACACCAGAAUAUAAACGGUUAUGUUGUCAAUAUGGUUAAAAUGUUGAUAUUAGGAUUAGAGGUUAGCGUUAGAGUUGCAUUAUAAAUGAAUUGUUGACAUUGUGACUAUGGGCCUAAUUCAGAUGUGGUUGGAGUGUCCAUCGCUGCAGCGGCGAUGCACAGCAAUGGUAAUGCAGCAGAAGUCUUCUGGUAGGCCUCUGAUCGCUUACAACCCCAUUGGAUGGCUGCGUUACCCACAAGGUCGCCGACUGCUGCCGUCGCCGACCUGACUACACCCCCAAACAGCUGCAGACUGUCAGUCAACUGACCAGAACCCAUACUGCACAUGUGCAAAGUACCAAACAUCGAUACUUUGUGACAUAUGCCCUAACAGUAUCGGGAUCUGAAUCAGGCACAAUGUCAACAUUUCAUCAUGUCGACACACUGAACAUGUUGACAUAGUUUACUAAACUUGUUCAUGGCAGUCGCAUUGAACUCCAUUUCCGACGAGGCACUCAGCUAGGUCAGAUAUUAAGGACAUUGGGGUCGAUUCAAUUCUCCGACAGUUGAAUAGCGCCAGGAAUUAGCUCCCGUCGCUAUUCAAUUCAGCUCAUGUUAAGUCGGCGAAUGCCCGUUCUCCCGGACUUAACAGGUUGAUUUGUCAGGAGAACGGGCAUUCUCCAACUUAACUCCCAGGCACAAUGCUGAUUCCCGACGGAAUUAGCCUUGCAUCGGCCGCACGGCAACGCUUUUGUCGGAUUUCCUCUCUAUCCCCCGGGGAUGAGAGAAGAAUUCCUGACAAUUGAGUGUCACUUGGCGCUGUAUUGAAUAGCACCGGGAGCUAAUUCCCGGCGCUAUUCAACUGUUGGAGAAUUGAAUUGACCCCAUUGAAAGCAUGACAUAUACGUAUAUAUCACCUGUACUAGAACAGCAGCUUUGUCUGUUAUUUUCCAUUUCUUUUUGUUGUCGCCAGUGCUAUUAAAUAGGACAGUUAGAGAUUCCAGACUCUUAAAGGAUGUCAAUGUCUGCAGCAGCAUUAAAUGCCACAUUUACGGGGACAUGUACUAAGCAGUGUGAUAAAAGUGGUGAAGUUGCCCAUGGCAACCAAUCAGCUGCUCUGUAUACUUUUAUAGUAUGCAAAUUAUAAAUGUUACGUCAAUGCUGAUUGGUUGCCAUGGGCAACUUCUCCACUGGCUCACUUCUCCACUUAUAUCACUGCUUAGUACAUCUCCCCCUUAGUUUUUAAAAGUUUAUCUGUCACCCCCCUAUAGCAGAGGCAGACAUCUGGGUGACUGGACAGUUAGCUGUAACUUUUCAUGCUAAUACCCCACAAGAUAUUAAGGUGGGAAAAUCUUGCUUGUUUUGGCCUAUGUCUCAUAAAUGGUGCAAAGCAAAAACUAAUCUGGCUUUCCUAAAGUAAAUGUAGAAGCUGCCCACUGCUUUGGAACCUUGUGACUAAUUGGGGGUGAUUCAAAUGUUGUUCUCCACAGCUUCCUCUAGGGGGGAGCAAAACUGAGCAAUUCAAUUGUUGGUUCAUUGAGAUGCCUGUUAGCCGCGGGGUUGGCGUUUCUUCUCGCAGCCGUGAAAUAUAUGCAACGUCCGUGGUUUAGCCUUUAGACAGGAUUAGCUACUAUUCGUGGCUAAACCCCGUCUAUUUGGGCGCAAUUAGUGCGAUAAUAAUUGCUACUCCAGAUCACCCGUCACUUUAGACGGGAGUUCGAACAUGCAAAAACAGUUGAAUCUCCCCCAUUCAAUUUAAUCUGCCCACCGCUUUGGAACCUUGUGACUAAUUGAAUUUCCCCCAUGGACUAAACUAAUGUUCUACUGAAUGGAUAAAAUCAUUUUUCUAAGUCGAUGCAGUCCACAAAUUAGCUGCCAUGACUGAAAGGGGACACGUCACCAUACUCCUAUAAUGGUCACUCCUGCAUAAUUUGCAGACGCUCAUGCAACCGUCCCUGUAUUACAGAUAUUGUGAGAUACCAGUGAUCACGAUAGAUCGGGCGAAAUUGCUAUGUUCCUGUGCUAUUUACAAUGGAUGACAGGACACAGUAAUAUAAUUACACUGGCCAAAACUGCAGUAACCUGACCAAUCACAUGGGAGCUGUUGUACAAACCUAAAGCAACCCUAAGGCAAUGUUAUUGUCUAUAUUCUGAUUUUAUUUUGCUUUUACUUCUAGUCUGUUAUCAUGAUGUCAACGUUUAUAUUUUAUUGAAUUACUGACUAGUAUACUGUAAUUACAAAGCAUUACAGAUAACACGUUCUCUUGUGUUAUCAGAGGUGGGUUUAUAAGACCGGAACCAUGAUGAGAUUUUAGUGACUUGAUUACACAUUGACAUGUAAUGGCGACAUAUAUAUGAGUGUAGAGAUUGAACAUUGAUAAAUGCUGUAUCUACUACUGCCUGUCCCUUCCUGUUACAUGGAACAUACCUCCGCACAUCAACGGUUUACAGGUAGUUUUAUAUAGAGUAAGGACACCUAUUGUAAUUAUACUUCAUCCAGAUAUGUGUGAGUUCAGACCGUUGUGAAAUAGGAGGGACAAGUAACCGGAUCAAUGGGAUGGUCACAGCAGCACGGUGUAUUUCAGGAGAGUAGCAUGCUGAUAUUGUGGGUGGCAGUGAGCUGUGCAUUCACUUGAUUGUGUAAGUGAAGAAAAUCCUUUGCCUGACAAGGGGCAGUGGUGUGACACGUGAGGGUAGCGUGAAGAGCUAUAUCUAAAAGUGACUUUAAAAAAAAAAAUUCAUUUCACGUACACUUAAAAUUGCUGGUCAGGAUUAGGCAUCUGCGGCCAUCCACCUAAAAGUAGAGUUGUAGGCUGCAUACUUCUGUUGUAGACCAUGUCUCCGCUAACCAAAGUCCCAGCGUUGUCAUGUUGGAUGCAGAAUGUGCAGAGGCUCCUGCCGGCUUGCUCCAUAUGACAUCUGUGGAGACCAGCUUCUGCAAUCAUUAUGGGACUGUGGGCUUUUUUUCUUUUUGUUUUAUUUUUAAGCUACAGUGAAGGGGGGGGAAAAGUGCAGAUUGUUCGAAAUUUUCGGGGUGUCUUCUAGCUCAUUUAUAAAAAUGUGUAGCAUUCGAGUAUGUGAAUUUAGCCACUGUGACCGUCUUAAUAGUCCAGAUACAUUUCUUUGCUAGAGUGGAAGGGAACUCCACUCCUUCAGCCAGAAUACACUGGAUACAGUUCCUGUUUUACCUCUCACUGUUGCAUAAGUAUUAGUUCUGCUUUAAGUAUUUUCUAGUCCACACUGAGUUACGUUGCCUUUGUGUGACAAAAUAAGUGAGCUACAAGACAUAGACACCUCCCCAGCCCACAGUUAUUUCCUGCACUCUGAAAGCGGUUUUCCAGUGGAUUGCUUAAGGGGUUUGUGCACACAAGCAUUAUGUAAAUCUGUCUGAUGGUUCCAGUUUUAACCAGUAAACCAGGAACGACGUGGGCUUACUGAGGGAUCAUUGAUCCCUAUGGAGAGAGCUGGGUGCAGUACACACUGCUGUCCUACCAAAGCAGAUGACAGAGUGGAGGUGGGGGGAGUUUUUACUUUCCUGUCCUUCUUUCGUCAUCUCACCUGCUAAGACUGUUGUGUGUUUCGCACUGCUGUCACACAGAGGAGUGUUGAGACGGACUUGGAUAAGUCAUGUGGACUUAACCUUGGGUGCAUAGUGAAUAGACAUGAAUAGACACCUGAUAUGGCACCACAGUCAUUGUUAUGCCUAUAUUAAACUUUCUGCUUUAGAUUUAUUUUUCUCUGCGUUUAAAAAAUUUUUUUAUUUGAGCUAAAUGGGUUGAAAAAUCUGUCCUUUAAAUUUUCCAUUCGUGUGAUCACUAGUGAAUCAAAUAUGGCCCUGCUAAUAUGUGUUUUUAUUUAUACAUUCUAUUAAUCGUACAGCUUUUACUUACACUACAAGCAUCCUCUCUUUCUGGAGACAGGCAGUGUCGCCAACAGGUGCUUAUCUGAUUGGCUGCUUAGAUGCCUACGUAGUGAUUGGGGGAUGACACGAUCAUGCUAGUGCCACGUAAAUGGGGUUUUAUAUGCAAUAUUUUAAAAGUACCUGUUUUACGUUUUGUUUUUUUCAUUACUCCUACAGUGAAAAAACAUGAGCAAACGUAUCUAACUACAGGGGUCAAUUUACUAAAGCUUCUAAAAAUGAAAAGUGGUGAUGUUGCCCAUAGCGACCAAUCAGUUUCUGUCUGUCAUUUCUCUAUUGCAUCCUAGAAAAUGAUAGACCGAAUCUGAUUGGUUGCUAUGAGCAACCUCACCACUUUUAAUUUUUAGAAGCUUUAGUAAAUUGACCCCAUAGUCUACCUGUGCCUACCCAGUGAUAGCAGCCAAUGUAUAGGCUAAAGGAGUAUUUUGAUUAUUCCCUAGGAACAAAGCACAUUACCGCGGUAUUAGGCUGCCUGGGUCUCAGUGAUGUCACUAGUUCCUAGUGAAGGGAUAGGCUGCAUUCUCCACUGCAAAUACGUGAAUGGUAAACUUAUUGCAAGGGAAAUCUAUUACAGACUGUUUAUCACAUUUGGGCAGAAAUUCAGUUAAGUUGGUAUAUUUAGCAAUUUGCAGAAAAUACUAAACUUCCAUUACUUUUUGGAGUCCCCCCCCCCCCAUUUUUUUGUAGAUUUAGAGUACGAUUUACCUCUAUACGUAUCUGGACAAAAUGAAUCUCUAGAAGUACAGAAUUAAUAUCCAAAAAAUGUACUUUGUUGUCUCUUGACCAGUAGGACUCUGCUAAACGGCCUAUUGGGCAAAAUGCCAGAGUCUGUGCCUAGGGCCCCUUUAACCAGUAUUUGGGUUUGGUGGGGGUAACGUUGCCUAUUCUCACCAAAGUAAUGACAAACCCAUAAUAAGUAAUAAAUGCUGGGCUUACUAAGUGUAUUGUGAUGGUGGGCAGAUGGGGAAGAAGUAGGACUCUCCCCUGCAGCCAGCCAUGCACUGUCUCUCUUUUGUGGUGGCCCUACUACUUUGGCAGCCAAAUUGCUGCAGGGGACCCCAAUCGCAGUCAUUAGUCUGGUAAAGAAGGGGGUGAAUUAGUUGCUUUUAGAAAGCCUACAAGGUGGAAUAGCCAUUCUAAAAAUAAUAUUGUUCACGUGGAAUUCCUUCUAAAUCACACUGAUCUGUUGUAAUGAUGACCCAUAUUGGCUGCGUCACCAAAUCCAAGGGUUCUCUGAUGUAUUGGUGAAAAGCUUUGGUUGCCUAUUUUGACAUUGCAUGCUAAGGAAAAUUCCAUGAAAUGAGAAUAAGUUACUGAGUACAUCAUUUCUUGCAGCAUUAAGACUACUCAAGUGAAACCCUCCAUAUUUUGUUUGCCUGACUGAUGCUUUUGUGUUUGAGUAAUGAGUAUGUUUUGUAAGAACCAUACAUCCAUUUAUCACAUAUUUAUAAUGAACACGUUUUUUAUCGGACUCCUAAAUUCUUAUACAACUGUGAAAUGUAUGCUUUCUUGUAACCAUGACUGAAACAGAAUAACUCCACACAUCAGGACACCGGUCUCGUUUAAAGGGGGAGAUGUCUUUUGAUAAUCAAGUCCGUGUGGAGUAGGCAAAGACUGUAUUUUCGCUAUCCCUAUUGGAUUACUUUGGAGCUUUGUAUCCAGGCGUCUCACAAGGGGUUUUAAAUUGGCACAAGAAAAUUAAUAAAAGAUAUAUGUGAGUGCAAGGUC